GGCAGGUGAAUAAUGAAAAGUAUUAACAUCAAGGAAAGACAACUAUUAUAACUGAAAGUGUAUCCACUUCUGCAGGGAUUUAACUUAUUUAUAUAAAGAUAUGUUACUGCUUUUAAUGAAAUAUUUAUUUAUUUAAUAAUAUGACACACUAGUUCUUUACAAUAAGUCUACUUCACUCAGGGAACAAGAGAAGUUUAUUUUUAUUAACCAGGAUAGCAGUUUAGGGAUUUCAUUUAUGACAGGCUGUGAGCAAAGGUUACCUAAAUGACCUCAUGGACCCGCUGCUCUUUAAAUGACACACACAAGACAGUGUGAGAGACUAAAGAUUUGAUGACUUCCCAGUUGAUGUCCUGAGAACCUACUUUGAGGAGCAGAAAGCUGGAGGGAAAUGGAGUCCAAUGAGGCCAGUGUUCAGUACAACCGCUGGAGCGAAGACAACAUGAACAUGCGUGUACCGCAAUCACAGUCCAGACUGACUGGACUCUAUAACAGUCUGUGCACUGGACGGCUGGGUAUUGGGCUGAAAGUGGCAGCGUGUUUGACCGUGGUGGUAGUUACAUACAUAAUUGGAUACAUCACAGGAUACUACGUUCACAGAGGCUGAUGAGGACACUCCACAUAUCUUGAAGGAACUGGAUAUUGAAAAAAAACUGGCUGCUAUUUGAAUUAUGGCUGCAAUAUGAAUUAUGUCCAUCAAGAAAACAUUUGGUUUAUUGCUGUUUAUCAUAGUACCAACAUUCAUCAUUUUUUUUUGUUAAAAAAUGGCUACUCUGCAACUCAGACAUAUACAUUACAUUUAUUUUAACUCAAUAUCUUAACCAAUUAAAUGUAACAAAUAAACAAAUAAAAAUCUUCAGUCAAAAACAGACC